UGUGCGGCUCUGAGUUGUUUUCUUCAUCUUUGUCAGUGUGAGCACAGUGACAAAACCUCUGAGUGAUUGAAAGCGGCGUAGCUUCACAGCCGUUUGUCCUGAGACAUUUGAGGACCGUUCAGGGAGAUGUUGAGGCGAAGGCCUUCAAAUGCCUCGGAGAAGGAGCAGGUGCAGGUGCAGAAGAAGAAGCUCACCCUGCAGAGGUCCAGCAGCUUCAAGGAUUUUAUGAAGCACAAGCCCACCUCUCCUGUUGUGUCAGAAAAGGAGUUCACUCUCGAGGAGAAUGUGGCCGACAGUGCAACAGCAGAGGAAGCGGUGAAGAGCAGCAGCAAACUGGGAAAGAAAUGGCGCAACGUCCUUUCACGCACCAUGACCCGCAAGACAUCCAAGAUGGUGCAGAAGGCUCUGGCCGAGGAGGGGGCGGAGAGCGGCGAGGAGAUGUCGCCUGUCUCUGCUGACUGGCUUCCAGAUCUGAGCGCAGGACAGAGGACGUCUGUGUGCUCCACGGGCUCAGAGGACACCCUGCCCAGCCCCAUCUCCCGCCAGCUCUCAGCCAGUAGCGACAGACAGAGCCUGGACAGUGGAUACUGCCAGAGGGACAGCAUGAGACUGGAGGAGAACGGCGUCUCUUACAAUGGACCGUUCUGUGGUCGCGCUCUGGUCCACACCGACUUCACUCCCAGCCCCUACGACGUGGAGUCACUGAAACUCCAGAAAGGAGACAUCAUCCACAUCAUCGAGAAGCCCCCUGUGGGGACUUGGACAGGGAAGCUCAACAGCAAAUUGGGCUCCUUUAAGUUCAUCUACGUCAACCUCCUUCCCGAUGAGAGCCCCCCGGUCAGGAGGAAACGCUGCAGCAGCAAGAACCACCGAGACAAGUCCAAACCCAAAACCCUGGAGGAGGUGCUGGACAGCAUGGGCCUGACGGAGCUGAGUUCCUUGCUGUCCAUGCACGGCUUCCAGAGCCUGGAGGACUUUGCAGGGCUGAGGGAGUCUCACCUCAAUGAGCUGAACAUCACUGAUCCAGAGCAGCGCUCCAAGAUCCUGAGCGCCACCGAGCUGCUCAGAGACUCUGAAGAAGAGUCAGAGCCAGAAGAGGAGGUGGUGGACAGAUCUGUGGAGGACGCCAAGGAGCCGAGGGACUCGGGCUGCUUCGAGAGCUCGGAGAACCUGGAGAGUGGACGUGAGGAGCCCAAGGCAGAGGAGGAGGAGGAGGAGGAGGAGGAGGAGGAGGAGGACAAGGUCGAGCUCCGAGACGAAGCAUCAGAGGAGCAGACAGACGAAGAACCACAGGAACACGAGCAGGAAUCAGGAGAAGGAGGGGAGCAGUCGGAGCAGCUGCAGGCUGUUCAGGAGCAGCUGCGGGAGCUGACGGUGGACGAAGGAUGUUGAGCAGUGAUGGAAAAAUACUCUGACUUGUUUUUUUUACUCCUGGUUCUGACUGGACUCUGAAUUCAUCAAAAAACAGCUCUUCAUUGUGAGAGAGUGGACAGGUGAUAUGAACAUGACGUUAGGUUGAAAUACCGUACGAGCAGGAAGGUCUUCAUUUUUCUCAGUUUAGUGUGUGUCUCUUUGUAAACGCUGUUUUAAAGCAACGUGUUGUUGUAUUGUAUGAAUUAUCUUUUUUAUAAUGGUACAAAUCCUGCAUUUCACAGGUUUUCCCUUUUCUCCAUUAUAUCCUCAUCUCUAAUGUUUUCAUACAGUAUCUCAUAAAAAUAUGAAUGUAAGAAUAGUUUUGAUAUUUUCCAUGUAACAUGAACAUUUUGAUCAGAUUGUGUUUUACUUGCUUGAUAAGGUACAUUACACUGAUUUCUCUGACAUGUGUGUAAAGAUGCUGUAAAUAAUGAAUAAAACAUGAGUGAUAUGCCGUC